UAAUGAGAUGUGAAUGCUAUAACCCAACGUUUUAGGAUAACGUUGGUAGGUGGUCCAAAUUCAAAAACGUACUUGCAACCGAUAUUAAUGACUUGAAAAUUGAGACCUACCUUCCACACUUGACUACACAAAAGGCUCAAGUACAAAUCAAUUUCUAACACUACUAGAUCCACACCGACAGAUUGAAAUGGAGACGAAGAGCAAAGUGUUGAUCAUCGGUGGAACCGGACACUUGGGGAAGAGGCUCGUGAAAGCCAGUUUAGAACAGGGCCAUGAGACAUACGUUCUCCAGCGACCCGAUAUUGGUGUCAACAUUGCAAAAGUCCAGAUGCUACUUUCAUUCAAGAAACAAGGAGCUCAUCUUGUCACUGGCUCGUUUCACGAUCACCAGAGUCUUGUAGAUGCCGUGAAGCAAGUAGACGUCGUGAUCUGUGCUAUGUCUGGUGAUUUUCAUAUCAGUAGCCAUCAGUUACUACUUCAGCUUAAACUUGUGGCUGCCAUUAAAGAGGCUGGAAAUGUUAAGCGGUUUCUGCCGUCAGAGUUUGGUACAGAUCCAUCACGAAUGGCGCAUGCAAUAGAACCAGGACGAGUGACCUUUGAUGACAAAAUGGUGGUUCGGAAAGCCAUUGAAGAUGCUGGGAUCCCUUUCACCUACGUAUCCGCGAAUUGCUUUGCUGGCAUCUUUGUCGGAGGGCUGUGCCAAUUUGGUACCAUUCUUCCUUCAAGGGAUUCCGUAGUCUUGCACGGAGACGGCAAUCAGAAAUCAAUAUUUGUGGAUGAAGAUGACGUAGCAGCAUAUAUCAUCAAAACCAUAGAUGAUCCCCGCACUCUUAACAAGACGCUCUACAUCAGGCCUCCAGCAAACAUUCUUUCACAAAGACAAGUUGUGGAAAUCUGGGAGAAGCUCCUCGGCAAAGUCCUCCAGAAGUCAUCUCUCUCCGAAAAACAGUUUCUCGAUAGCUUAAAAGGGAAAGACUAUGUUGAGCAGGCCGCGAUGAGUCAUUUUUACCAUUUCUUUUACGAAGGUUGUUUGGCGAAUUUUGAGAUCGGGGAUGAUGCUGAAGAGGCUUGUCGUCUCUACCCAGAUAUCAAAUACACCAAAGUAGAGGAUUACCUCAAGCAAUACCUUUGAUUCACGACUUUGUGUUUAUGUAUGUUUCAAGCUUCAAGCGUGUAACACUAGGAAUUAUCUAUAUCUCGAAUAAGUUGUUACGUACACCCUGCUUCUAUUUGCACCUAUUUGGAAAAUGACGGUCCAUAA